AAUGGGUGUAACUGACCUUUGGAAAAUAGUUUCAACUCAAAUUGUUACGAAAUCUUUAGAAGAUCUAAGAGGACAAACAGUUGCUGUUGAUUUGAGUCAAUGGAUAAUGGAAUGCGAAAAUUCUGCUUGGAAGCAUACCAUGCAGAAAGCUCAUAUUCGUAACUUAUUUUGUCGAGUUACAAGUCUACUAAAGCACGGCAUCAUACCCAUAUUUGUGCUGGAUGGAGAGACGCCUGACCUGAAGAAAAGAGGUAAAGGAAGACUUGCUGGAACACCUGUCAGAACUGUCAAAGAAUGUUGUAGACUACUUACAUGUAUCGGCUUAGAAAGUCUCCAAAGUCCGGGUGAAGCGGAAGCUACUAUGGCUCAUCUAAAUUCGAAAGAUAUCGUUGACGCUUGUUUAACAGAUGAUAGUGAUUCGUUCCUCUUUGGAGCCAAAAUAGUUUAUACAAAAUUUAGUUCUAUGGAAAGAACUGCCGAUAACGUUUCGGUUUUUAAAUCCUCUUCAAUACAAUCAAGCUUAAAUCUAACUAGGGAGAAACUUGUUGCGUUGGCGUUGUUCGUUGGUUGCGACUUUACAGAUGGUGUUAAAGGAAUUGGUAAGGAAAAAUUUUUAAAAUGGUUAAAGAGUAUAGAUGACAACGAAGAUGUCCUCGAAAGAUUACGUGGAUGGAAAACAGCACCUGAGCCUUCAGUCAUAGGUGAAUUCUUGAAGCUAAAAAAGAAAAGUCACUGUGGAGAGUGCUCUCAUCUAGCUGGCUUUACAGGUUCCACAAAACAACAUUUAAAGAAUGGCUGUGCAGACUGUUUGAAUAAUGUAUGUUCAAAGCUAUGCAAAGAACGGUCAUGUUCUUGUGAUUGGCAUCGACUAAAAGAUUUAACAGAAUCUAUUCUCCUAGAAAGCAAAUUACGUAGCGCAGCAAUAAACCAAUAUCCAGAUUUCCCCGAUGAAAAAGUUAUUGAUAUAUUUCUACGUCCAAAAGUGGUUGAAAAGGCAGAGAAACCAACAUGGAUGAAGCCAAAUUAUAACGCCUUGAAGAACUUUCUUACUGAUCAUCUCGACUGGACAAUAGAAGAAGCAACCAGUAAAAUUUUACCCUUGAUUACUCUAUGGUAUUUACGUAACAAUGAUAAGGAAAGUCUUAAACCCAGUCGAAUUGUUAAGAGUCGGCAACAAUACUUCCAAUCAAAACUGGAAAUUGUGUGGGAAAAAAUCGAAGGAAUUGAUAUUGAGAGUCCUACAACGUUGGAGAGAUUUGAAGACAUAGAAUGUACUUUUCCGGAGUUAGUGGAGCACUUUCUUGCAGCGAAACGGGGAAAGAAGAAUACAAAAAGAGGAAAGAAGAAGGAUGUACUCCAAAGAAAGAUAACGGAUUCUUUUAAAAUUGUAAAAAAUCCUCAUCAUUUCUGUUCGAAAGGGAGAGAGAGUCUUAGGAGAUCUGUGUCUUUAGAAGAUAUUAGGGUAAUUAAAUCCCCAAUAGGUGAACAAUUAACAGAAGAUGUUAUUGAAGAGGAAAAAGAUUCUCAAUCGCAUAUAAAACAAGAAAAAACGCCUUUUCCUGUUAAAUAUGAAUCAGAUGAUUCUUUACCCUCCUUAACAAAGUUUAUAAGAAGAAAAGUUGAUAAGCAUAGAAAGCCGAAACUUGCAGAUAAGGAAAAGCCAAAGUUUAUAAUGUCAUCAUCCGAAAGCAAUUCGGAAGAUGAAAUCUCUGAGAAAAAAUCUUGUACCCAGUUUUCGUUGAAUUUUAGUCUAGAUUCAUCUUUUUAA